CUCCUGCUCUGAUGGCAGCAUCCGGUGCACCCCGCGUAUAAGCAGCGGCAGCUGUCUCCUGCCACAGAGGGCGAGGAAAGGGAACACGACGGAGGACCCUAAGAGUGCCCCAGCAGCCGGAGUCCCAGCAGGCAGGAGCGCCGUGGCUCCGACUGGGCUUGCUCCAACCGGGCCGGGCGCCGCCCGAGAGGAGGGCAAAUCCAGCUGGCUUCUCGGAAGCUCUCCGUCCCUCGGAGGAGCGGGAGCUGCCUCCGGGAAAAACUGCUCGUGAGACCGUGGAGGCCUCCCCCCGGGGGCUCGCUGUCGAGAGAGCCAAGCCCCGGAGAGCGGGCCUCGAGCCUGGGGGAGGGCGACCAGCCUGGCAUUUGGACGCUCGAAACGGGUACGGAACAAAUUGGCCCAUCAUACCCCUUCUUGCCGUACCCAUCUCGAUCGCCCCGAUGGCACCGCCCGGCCCUCCGCGGCGGCCAACCGCCGCCGGCCGAAGCCCGCCACCAGCACGCGCAACCCCCGCCGGGGGGGGGGGGGGCGGCGGCGGAGGAGGACGAGGACGAGGCGAGGCAAGCGGGCCCGAGGCGUGUGCGCCCCGCCGCGGAGCAACGAAGGAGGAGGAGGAGGAGGAGGAGGAGGAGGAGGAGAACGAGGAGGAUGCUCCUCGAUGGUCCUCGCGGAAGGGAAAAUGCCCACGUCCGAGCGAUGCCUGGCGUCGGGGCCGCGCACGCCCCAAAGAGGCGGCGGAGGCGGAGGCAUCUCCGGCCUCUCUGCCCUUGGUUGCCGCGGCUGGCUCGCGCCGCGACGUGGCGGGGGCCUGGGGCCCUGGCGCCGAGUGGGUCGUUCUUCGAGCAGGGACCGACCGUCCCGGCGUUCCCAUGGGCCUACCAAGAGAUGUUCUUAGAAACAUGUUCUUAGAAGCCCAACAACAUCUAAUAGCAAAAACAGAACAACCUGCCGAGGUGUUAAAACAGGACAGUCUCAGCCAGAAGUGUUCUAAGAACAUGUCGUGCAUACCACAGAGGUAUGGCGAAGAUCGCUCAGCGCCGGCCGACUGCGGGCCACUGGCGGCGUUUGAGCUUGAGCGCCCGCGAUGCUGGGGUCGCCGCCGCGUCAACGCGGCGCAAGCCUGCCGCGCGCCUGUGCGACAGGGGCUGGCAGCUGCUCGAGCAGGCCUGCCCGAACAAGCGCGGGAUCCGCAGAGACCAGCGCCGGCAAAUCCGCAUCGCCGCGCCCGCGACCCUCCUCGUCCGCCUCAUCCGCUGCUUGUUC